AAUUCCCAAUAUCUGACCACAAUUUUAACAUGUUAUCUCACGUGUCCUUCUUUCUCUUUUCUCCUUCCCUCUCCCAUUCUCUCCCCUCUUCCCGCCCAGUCACUGUAGUUCAAACCCUGGCUCUACCACUCACCUCCAUUAGCAGUUUGGGAACGUGGGGUGACGUCUCUGAACCAGUUUGCUCACCUGAGACAUGGAGAUAAUAAUAGAAGGGACUCUGCCGGGCUGUGGGCAACAGAUGCGGCCAUGCAUGGACGCGCUCAUCCGGGCGCGCCCACGAUCAGGUCUGUGACCAUAGAGCCGGCGGCUCUGCUCUCAGGAGAAAGUGUGCCUCCAGGCUCAGCUCCUCACUGCAGCCUGCGGCCUCUGCAAGUGGCCCCAACGGACCGGGAGGACAGCAACUCACACAGGACGCAUAUGCCCGUGUCUCCUUCUUCCCGGCGACACUGACGCCUGGCCGUGAACGAAGCAACAUCCGCAGGUGCUCAGAGCUUCUCCACCUCAGAUGCUGUCCUGUGCCAGGGCCUAGAGCUGAUGUCUCCCCGCAACCCUUGUUAGAACACAGAUCCCAACCACAGCCGUGACUGAGCCCGUCGCGUGGACUGUCUUGGCAGCGGGGAGCACCCCGUCAGCACUGCCAUGGAGGAAGGCUUAUACUCAGACGUCUUGCAGCUUCGCAGAGGGCGGCGGUGCUGCAGGCGUGGGACGCAGGUUGCGCUGUUGGGGCUGGUGACGGCCACACUGUGGGCUGGGCUGCUGACCCUGCUUCUCCUGUGGCACCGGGACACCGUGCAGGGCCUGCGACAGCUGGAGGACAUCGCUGCCCAGAACGUCUCUCAGGUUUCCAAGGACAUGGAAGGACAUAAGGGUGACCAGAUGGCCCAGAAAGCCCAGGUGGCCCAGGUGCUGCAGAACAUGGAGGAAAUGCAAGCCGAACAGAAGAGAACAGAAAUUCAGGUGGCCCAGGUGCUGCAGAACAUGGAGGAAAUGCAAGCAGAACAGAAGAGAAUGGAAAUUCAGGACUCCGAGCUCUCUCAGAACCUGGAUGGACUGGUAGAGGACCUAAGCAACUUCAAGUCCCAGGGCUUAAAUGAGAGACGCUCGGCCUUGAAUUCGUUGGAAAGACUCCAGGAGGAGGUGGCAAAGCUGUGGAUAGAGCUCCGCGUGUCCAACGGCUCCAUGUGUAACACAUGCCCUGAGAGGUGGGUCAGUUUCCAGCGGAAGUGCUACUACUUCGGAGAGGGCGCCAAGCGGUGGAUCCAGGCGCGGAAUGCCUGCAGCGGGCUCCGGGGGCGGCUGGUCAGCAUCCACAGCCAGGAGGAGCAGGACUUCCUGGCCACACACAGCAACAAGAAGGGCUCCUGGAUCGGCCUCCGGGACCUGCACACAGAGGGAGAGUUUGUCUGGAUGGACCAGAGCCCCCUGGACUACAGCAACUGGCGGCCGGGAGAACCCAACAACGGGGGCCAGGGCGAGGACUGCGUGAUGCUGCUGGGCUCCGGGCAGUGGAACGAUGCCUUCUGCAGCAGCUAUCUCGACGGCUGGGUAUGUGACCGGCUGGCCACCUGCUGACUGCCCGCCGGCCGCCUCGGUCCCCCAGACGUGGACCCUGACAGCCCCCUGCCUACCUGCCACGUGUGCCCCUCCUUGUGACUCCCCCACCUCAAAUACGGGAAUAGCUAGGGCCAAACUGGGACCCCGAGGACCCCAACCAAGGCCUGGGCGCCCCUUUCAUGGCUGAAGAGUCCUGCUGACAACUCCUCCUGCCCAAAGGACAGUGACCCUUCCCCGGCUCCUGCCAGCUCCCCAGAGGGCCUGUCCCUCGUCCCGCAACCCAACCUGCUGUCACCGCCUCCCUGCCUUCCAGUGCUCAGAGCUCCCCCCUCAAGAACCCCUGCCCAUCAGCCUGAGUGCUGGGCGCUCCCUCCCGGAUGGGCACAGGUCCAGAGGUUCCAGCCCCACUCCCACUCAGUGGCCCAGGCAGCACCAGGCCCAGGCUUGGCCACCGUCAGCCCAGCACCGAGGGCAGGAGGGAGGCAGGCCAGGCUCUGAGGCCACCCCUCCUUAAUGCCCCACCCCCAGUACCUGGCCUAGAGAAGAGCCAGGCCCGCUCCUGUGACCCUCAGGUCCACUGCAGCAGGAGGACGAAUCAUGGCAGGUGCCCACACUGGACCACCUGGGACCCUGGGAGUCAAGGGCCAGACCGAGGUCCAACCAUGACCCAGGGGCCUGGGGAGGGCACUCUAUUGGCACCUGGGAGUCCUGGGCUCAGGAGUAAGGGACAGAGCUAGACCCUUGGCAUCCCAGAUCACCUUUUCUCUCUGCCUGCUGCCCACCCCCAGAUUGGUCUCCCCCGGCCCCCUCCUCGGAAUGCUCCGUGUGGGAACUCAUGACUCCACUCUACCAGUCCCUCGGGCCAACAGUGGGUGGUCCUCGCCUUCCCUUCCCUCCAAACCCAUAAGGAAAGCCAUGGGCUCUGCCAUGAAGCCAUAUUCAGAGCCCGCCCACUUUUCACCCCCUCCUCGCUCCACCUGAACUGGUGUGGUCUCACUUUUCACUGUCCCAAACCUUCCAGAAGUUUCCUUCUAGCUCAGAGAAAAAGCCAAAGUCCUAAAGGACUAUGCCAUCGCAGAAUCCCUCCCAUGCACCUCACCUCCCCAGCUUCAUCUCCUCUCUCCUCCCACCACCCCGGCCUCCUCCCUGUUCCUUAAACACCUGGGCUUACUCCAGCCUCAGGCCUUGGCUGGCUGUCGCCUCCCCACGCUCCUCAGCGAGACCUACCCUGAGCACUCUCUGCCCCGCAUUUAAAUUGACACCCCACCUCUGAUGUUUCGCCCACUGCACUUUCUCGCCGCGGCACUCCUUCUUUUAACAAAAUGUUGGAUUUACUGAUGUCUCUGCUGGCUAGAACACGGGCAUCUACCUUCA